GCGGCGGCGGCGGCGACCCCGCCUGAGGGAAGGGACGCGGAGCCCGUCUCGCUUCCCGCCCUCCGCCCCGGUAUCGACAUCGUCUCCGCCGUCCGCCCCCUCCUCCUCCGCCUCCCGCGGUGGGUAACCAGCCAAAGAAGUUAUGAAUAUCAUCUGUGGUCUAAAGCUGCCGGGCAGGAACUGUGUUUUCUCUCAUUUGGCAUCUUUGAGCAAGCAGGGGAAGUGCAAUAACCUCUCUAGGUCUUACACGGGAUGGUGCCGAACUCACAUCAACAGAUUUAGAUGCCAAAGGCUGGAUUUGAGUGGAAAUACUAGAAACUAUUUUUUGACUGGAAACCCUGUCUGCCACAGAAACUUCAUCAGUAAAGGACUGAAGUGUGUUUUGAAUGUCCCAAAUGCAGGAGUAUACAGGAAUGCACACCACAGUUCGGGAAGGUUUUGUGUCCAGUCUUCUCGGCCACAGGGGGAGAAGACCACAUCCCUCCGGAUCUGUUCCGUAGGGGAACUCCCACAUCACUGUUCUGCUUGGAACAUUCACAUCAUCAGGUCUCUUCGCACAUCACCAGCAUUUCAGGCUGCGCCAGUUCCUCUUUUCUGGAUCAUUGUUAAGCCAGCUCAGAAAUUACUUGCCAUCAUUCUUGGCAGGAGCAUAAGAAAUUGGUGGAAGGCACUUCCUCCUAAUAAACGGGAACUGUUUAAAGAAAGUGCAAGAAAAAAUAAAUGGAAGAUCCUCCUGGGUGUCAGUAGCUUAGGAGUUGUAUUUAUCAUGUUUUAUUUUACUCACUUGGAGGAGACACCCAUCACUGGGCGUGCUCGACUGCUGGUGUUUGGGAAGGAGCAUUUUAGGGAACUGUCACAGAUGGAAUAUGAAAUGUGGAUGGAGGAGUUCAAAAAUCAAAUGUUGCCUGAGACAGAUGCAAGAUACCAGGUUGUGGAGAGAGUUGUGGGGCAUUUGUCUGAAAGCAAUAAGGAUGUUCCAGAGGUCUCAGCACUCAAGUGGGUGAUUCACGUGGUGGAUGAACCAGGUGUAAAUGCUUUUGUGCUUCCAAAUGGGCAAGUGUUUGUUUUCACUGGAUUGCUCGAUGCAGUUUCUGAUAUUCAUCAGCUGUCAUUUAUUUUGGGACAUGAAAUAGCUCAUGCUGUGCUGGAACACGCAGCAGAGAAAGCCAGCCUGGUGCACAUCCUGGAUUUUCUCUCCCUCAUCUUUCUCACCAUGAUUUGGGCCAUCUGUCCUCGGGAUAGUUUGGCAGUUGUUGGCCAGUGGAUUCAGAGCAAGUUGCAGGAGUUCAUGUUUGACAGACCCUACAGCAGAACACUGGAGGCUGAGGCUGAUAAAGUGGGACUUCAGUUUGCAGCAAAGGCCUGUGUGGAUGUCAGAGCGAGCAGCGUGUUCUGGCAGCAGAUGGAACUGGCAGAAACCAUCCAAGGGCAGCCCAAGAUCCCAGAGUGGCUUUCCACACACCCUUCCCAUGAGAACAGGGCGGAGCAUUUGGACCGCCUGAUCCCACAGGUUUAUCUGAGCUCCAGUAUCCACAGCAGAGUCAAACCCCGUGUUUGGCCUUUAGACUAAGUACAACUCGUAGACCAUGACUGUGUGGAACACCUCUUCCAGGUAUUUAAGGAAUGUAGGAUUUAAGUGAAAUACAUACAUUUGUCUGUAUAUCCAUAGGACUGGGUGAGUGUGUUGCAUUAACUACACUAAAAGCAGUUUUUAAGCAACUAUUUAACACUCCCCUCUGGCAGUAGAACUGAUGUUCAGGCAUUGAGGAUGCCUUGCACUUGUUUCCAUGAGGUUUUGAUCUUUGUGAGUUUGGCUUUCUCUUUGUUGCUGCAUUAUUAGGGAUGGAGACAGAUAACUCAAAAAGCAAUGUUGUGCAUUGCUCAAAAUCUGCUUAUUAGGUUCAAGUCAAACAUUUCUGCUUUUUACUGUAUUUACAAAAGCAGCAGUAAUAAAUAUUGACAAAGCUAAAUAGUCUCUGGGAAGGAGCAGCAUUGAAUUGCUAUGCAAACAUGCUUUAAAAAUUACCUACAGACAAUACUGCUGUAUUAAAAUAAUAAUCCAAAUGAGAGUACUUGCUUGAAUACUACUUGUUUUGCUUCCCUUCCCAUCCAGGAAUAAUGAUGGAUCUUGUGCUAGUUUUGAAUGAAAAUAUCAAUUGGGGAGUGGAUUUACAUAAUAAAAUUAAUAGAGCAUGGAAAGCUUUCAGCAUUGCUUUCUGAUUCUCCUCUGUGUGUCACAGAAGUUAUAUUUAAAAAGACAGAUGAUUUCAAGUUUGUUUGGGGAAACAAAUCCUCUGGGCUGUGUGUAUGAGAUCUUUACAUGUGACAGCUGGCCCAGCUCACAGAACACUCAGGUUCCUCUUCUGUUCCUAUAAAGAAAAUCUGUAAUUGUGCAAAGUGCCACAUGUGGGGCAGAAUGUCAUCAUUUGUGCAUGUUUUCAUAUUUAUUGGCCUGCUUGUCUCCAUGUAGAGAUGCCCUCCUCAGUUAUGCUGUCUGAAGUGCACUCACCAAAGAGGGGAUGGAAUCAGACAGCUACUAUCCAGUCCAACCCCACUUCUUUGCGCUUACAAGUGGAAAAUUUCGCAGGAAAGUCACUCCCUAUCUUUACACCAUAAUUAACCACUGGUUAAUCAUUACAUAAGUAUCUGUACCUGGGCUUUCUGUUACAGUAGAGUGACAGGAGAGAAGGAUCAGGGGAGAAGGGGAAGGAGAAGAGUGGUUUCAACAUCCAAGUUGCUGUUUUGUCACACAUAAACCCCUUCAUUUAUGCUCCCCUGAAUCUUGGCCCUCCUGCUGGAGAAAGCUCUAAAAGUGAUGUCUGGUCCUGCAGCCAAAAUCUGUCUGUGAUGCUGCCUUUUUUUGGAUUAGUGUUGAGCUGCUGUCCAUGACCUGCUUCUGCCUCUCCAGGUGGGGAUAUAAGGUGAGCUUUCUGCACCCUUUGAGACUGAGCCUCUCAGGUUGGCAGUCAGUUCACUGGCUGCUUUGUGAACCCUGUUUAUGGCUUCCAAAAAUUCAGUUUGAGCUAAGACCAAAGAGGAAUGUACUUAUUUUGAGGUAGGGACAAGUUUCCAAUUAGCUACUAAUGGAAACUUCAUGGUGCCCUAAGGGUGAUGAAUAAAUGAAGGUUCAAGUUAAAAAAUAGAUGUUUCAGGGUCGGUAGAAGAGUGAAAAAGUAGUUUCCCAGAUCUCACUUUUUUGUCAUAAAUCACAGGCAAUUUUUGGUUGGCUUUCAUUGCUUCCAAUCAUGUCAACAAGGACCUACUUAAUACUCAAAUCUGUUUUGUUAUUUUUACAUAUAAAUUCCAUUUCAUAACAGCAAUAAUACUUUCCAGGCAGCUCAUUUGAAGAUGAUUGCUCUACUUCAUAGGUAGUAAAACUCACUGUGUCUCAUUAUACAGCUCAAGGUGUGUGAAGCAGACAAUUGCCUAUAAACAUGCUGCCUGAUGGGUGUUAAUGCUGCAUUAUAUUUACUGUUUUCUUUUCAUGGCUUCAGGUGGCAUGACAAACCUUUUCCCCAGGAAUGAAAUUUGGAAAAUCUUUCACUUUUUCUUGGCAGAGCAUCCCUCCUAGUCUGGCAGUUAAUGUGCCUCAGAUAUUCUUUAAAAAUUGAAGGGAAUAUCCUCAUCUUCACACUUCGGCUGGAGGUUUUACAGUGUAAGAAAAAUGUCUGAUUUGUUGUUUCUGUGAGCGAGAGUGUCUUUGCAGAACUGUAAAAUUUAUGCCAAAGCGUUUUAACUUGUGUGUUUAAAUUAGGCACCAAACUCUGCUCAAUUUCCCAAAUAAUGUCCCAGUUUAUAUCAGCACUUAAGUACGUGCUGAAGUGUUUUCUUAAAAAGACAAAGUGCAGUUGUUCAGAAAUGAGAUGAUUAUUGAAGUUCUUUAGCUCAGCCCCCCAGAGAUGCUCAUUUUGAAAAGAGUCCCCUGCUCAUGUGGCUGGAUUUGGAAUUAGAUGUCUGCAUAAAGACAUUUUGGCCAUUGUGUUUUCAGUGCUUACCAGUGACAGUUUUAAUUAUUAUAAUUAUUAAUACAAAACCCUCAAAUCCUUCACUGCUUCUUCCCACUCUGCAGCCUUCCUCAAGAGGUUCAGUGUGUUUGUACUUAUUUGGAAAUGGAAGAGUUACCCCAGUAGCUGAAAAUCAAAACCCUCAUACAUUUUAUUCCUCUUUAGAGGGUCCACCUGGUUCUGCCUGGCUAUUGUGACCAUAAAAUUAGUAAUAAGAAUACAAAUAUUGCUGGCCAGCUCUUUUGACCUUUUGUAACACAGAACAUUUAACAAAGAUUUAAGCAAACUGAGGCAGACUGUUACGUGUGAGGUUCAUAUAAUGACAGACUUCCAGUGGUUCUGACAUUUUGUGGUUGGAGUCUUCCAACCAGGAUGCAGGUACUGUCACACAGAACAGGGUGUAACCCUGAGAUACCCUCUGAGCGGGAAUGUCAGGCUUUUACAUCACUUGUACUUUUGUAUCUCACAUUUUGUAGCCGUAAUAUGACAAUUGGUUUUAAUGGAGUGCUGUGUUCCUUGGGCAAACAGGGCUAGGAAGGAUGUCCCAGUCCCUGAGCCCUGCCUGUUGCUGACUUUGGCAAGCACGUGCUACAAUCCCAUUCACAAAUAGUUGUGUUGUCUUGCCUCCACUGCAGUUAUUCCAGAAUCUUGGUCUUCUCAUUAUUAGAAACCACCCACCGAACUUCCUCAUUCUGCUGGGGCUGAUUUAUACCAAUAGUUUUGUGGCUGCCCUUUCAUUUCAUUCUUGCUGUUAGUGCCCUUUUGCUUCAUGCUUCUUCCUUCAGGUGUUUUUUCUUCCUGAGGUAUUUAGGAAAAGCAUUUCUAUCCCUUUCACUGUUUUAUGAAGCGCUUUUGGAUCCUUCCCCUUAACAAGUCUCUCCAACCUGUCUCCCUCUCUCCUCAGCUCUGAUCUAUAGGUUCCUGAGCCACCUCUUAUCCCUUCUUUUCAUCUGAUCCUUUCCAGCAGAACUUUUCUCUGAGACGAAUCAUAUAAUCUAAACCUCAUCUGGUCACUUUCUACUGAAGCUUAAAUAAUUGAAAUAUCAAUAACAUAGCAUUUAAAAUCUAUUCUGCUUAAUCUCCCAGAGUGGUGUGUUGGCAGAUUGUGAAUGUCACACUACUGAUGAGCAAAGGACUUGGAUAACUAUGAGCUUCUAAUCAAGAAAUUAAUCUAAAAUUGUAUAUCUGCGUAAGAACUGCUGGCACAGGAGGCUGAAGUGCUCACUAAAAGCAGUUGGGCCUAAAGUGAUUACUAAAGUAAUUCAGGGCGUCUGAGACUCUACAGACUGGAGGUGUCUGCAGUGAUUCAGCCCUCCUAAGUCUGUUUGAUCCUUCCCUGCUGCAGUGCUCCCCAACAGAGGCAGUGUUGUGCUCUAGUUUGUGCUCUCUGAGCUGCAGGGAGACCCAGGAAUUGGCUCACUGGCUGAAAAUUGUCCCUUUGGAUUGGGCUGUCAAUGUGCUCUCACAUGUACAUGGUCUUGAUGAAUCUUCAAGGGAACAAGUCUUAAAGCCACGGAUUUCACACUUUCAGAAUUAGUCUCAGUGUAUCUGCAGCUUUAGACGGACACCACUCUCAGUUGCACUUGGACUAUAUUAUCAGGACUUGAAGCUGUAAAACUGUUAGAUUCCACCCAGACACUCAGUAAUGCUAUUCCAGGAUUUUACAGUUUAUCCUAGUGAUUUGAAUAAUGAGCAGGAUAACAGUUUAUUCUAAACAUUUGAACUGCACAUCAGCGUGGUAACUGGGAAUUUUUAAUAAUGCUGUGAGCUUACACAUUGCAUUUCAAAGAGACUUACAGACAGUGGGUAAUUAAUAACCUGAUGCCACUGAUCUGUCUAUAAACUUGCGUUCCUCUCACACAUCUUCGUUCUUAUAAGUGCAGUUGUGAUGGCUGAGAUCUAAAGCACAGCUUUGCACAUCUUGGUGUCUCUGUGGGUAAAUAGAAGACUUUGGCUAUGGUCUUAUGAGAGCUGGAGCAAGACACCCAAGCUUCCAGUCAUUAUUCUUUCUCUGGCCACCAAAAUGUUCCUUAGUAGUUUAGGUUUUGUGUUAGUUUAGUAGUUUAUUUAUUUCCUGCAGACUGUAGAGGGACAGGCUCCUGCUAGAGGAACCUACAAACCCCUUCACAGGAUGGUGAAGUUCCUACUUGGCAACUGAAUGUCCAAAGGCCCAAAUACAGAUGAUGAACCUUCCUUCUGUGCAAGUGGUUUUCAGCACAGACCUUUUGGCAUCCUGAAGAGUAUCCUGAAACCAGGCUGCUGCCUUUUCCUGCCUUUUCUGCAGCAGGACAUGCCUAGGGCAGAGGUGAGUCUGUUCCAGAGCAGAGGAUUCUCUCAGUUGUUCCUGCUCCAGGGCUGGGUCACACAGACCUGCUGAGAAGUGGGAGGGUGAUACUGGGGUGAGGGGUGUCCAUUAUGUAAUACAAGUUUACUACAGUCUAGUAUAGACUAAAUUUUGGGGUCCACAGUAAGGAGGGGCACUGCCAGAGACAGAAGGACACAAAUGGAUGUUGGUAGAAAAGUACCUUAUUCCAGUGUCAGGAUCUUUCCAGGAUUUGUCAGUGAGGUGAGAAUAGGCUCAGUCAUAGAAUAUAGUCAGUCACCAUAGAAUCCCAGAAUGGUUUGAGUUGGAAGGGACCUUAAAGACCAACUUGUUCCAACCAUCUGCCAUGGGCAGGGAUACCUUCCAUCAGACCAGGUUGCUCCAAACCCCAUGCAACCCUUCCAGGGAUGGGGCAUCCACAGCUUCUCUGGGCAACCUGUGCCAGGGCCUCACCAGCCUCAUGGGGAGGAAUUUUUUCCCUGUAUCUGAUCUAACCCUGCCUUCUGUCAGUUUAAACAUUUGAAUGAAGAAUCUCUCCUGACACUCAGGAGUUACUGGAAUCAACAGUUUGUAGUCAAAGGAUCAGAGAUUCAGGCCUAGUAUUUAAAUAGGUUAUUAUUUUCUCAGUUGUGUCAGGAUUUCCAUAUCAGAGGUUAAAUCCUGCCAGUUUAGCUCAUAGGCUUCCUCAUGACCUAAAUGUGGGUUAUCCUUUCCAUGCUUAAAGAUUUACCUUACUGGACUGAAUACUCUGUACAGGUAUUUGGUAUAUAAUAUGCACGUUUAAAGAUAAGUAAUCUACUAAAGGUCACACAGGACAACUGUGGAAGAGUGAGAAAUAGUAACCUGGAAUCUUUGCUUGGCAGCAAGAUUCAGCUUAACCUGUUCCAUAAAAUAUUGUAAAUGAGUAAACCAAUGUCAAUGAAAAAGCAUUCUAAACCACAGGUUAAAUGUGUAGUUUGCAGGUACUUUUGACUAUCAUAGAUGGGAUUAAAACAACCUUAAAAAAUGUUAGAAAAUACCUUUGCACACUUGAUUUCUUAAGUGCAGAAGGAAGUGUCCUUCUUGCAGCCUCGUGUUUUUUCAUCUGAUUAUUGCUAAUGCAAAUUGCCAGUGGGGAAUGCAUAAAUCUGCACUGCAGUGCUUGAAGUUGGUGCAAACACUAAUUUUUUUUGCAAAUAUAUCUCUCAAUUCCAGCUCUGUAAUGCAAAAUGCUACUUUCUUACUGAAAGACCUGAUAGACUUUGGGUUGGCACAGAUGGAAGAUAAAAAUAUUAUUCCUUAAAAAUUGUACAACCAUUUUUGAUUUUGGUAGGUUCUCUCUGAGUGUGUAGAACAGCAGAAUUUAAUCUCUGCACAUGGUCUGGGAAGUUGUACUUGGAGAGAAAGUUUCACUCCUGAUCAGAGAGAGUAAAGAAAAAACACUCAGUGAAAACAUUUAAUAAUGGUUCAUUUUCCCCCUCUCUUGUAAGAGGAGACAAUUAGAAAAGAACAUAAUGUGGGGGGAGGGAAAACAAAACAAAGCUAUAGAAUUAUUGAGCUGAACAAUAUCCUCUCUUACAUUUCAGAGGGAGGAUUGGAGAGAAGUUGACAUUUUAAUAUUUUCUAAAUUACUCUGCAACAUGUUUUCUGAUGGAUCUAAUCUGGUGCCUCUUCCACAUUGAUGUUUCAUCCAAGAAUGUUCGGGCAAAUGCGUUAUUAAGCUGGUAAUUCGGUUUUAGCAAGUUUUAUAUUUCAGUAAAUUAAAAAAAAAAAAAACCAGGCUAAUUUCCUAAGAGUUAAAGGAAUAGGGCUCAUUAUUCCCCAUGCAGAGAGGUAAAUUGUUAACUAGCAAAACUCUGUCUUGGUUUUCAUCCUACAGCUCAAUAUUGAGUGUUGGCUACACUAAAAGAUGCAGGAGGGAGACUGGGUGCUCAGGCAGGAGAUUGAUGAGAAGAGCUUUUUGAUUGUGGGGUUAACAUUCCUAUGCUCCUGAUAUCUCCAGUAGUGACUCUCAGUUGUUGUGGCCACCAAUAACAAAUGAAGUAAAAUGGUUUGUGUCACCUGUUGUUGGUAUUUCUCAGUAACUAAUGAAACCUCCAGCUCUGCAGGUUUCCUCUGGAAUUCUUACUUUCCAACAUGUGAGCCUUGUUUUCUGGGCCACUUUGACAAAACUCUGGUUCAAACAGAAGUGAAUUGCUUAAAUCUUUCCCAUCUCUAAAAUUCAGAUGACUUUGAUUAAGGCAAGAACUCUCUCCUCAAGAGUAACUAAUCCAUCAGUGCUCCUCCCCUCAUUCAUUGCAAUAGUACCCUCAGGUGACCUUCAGCAUUGCCCAUCUGGUUGUCUCUUGGCCAGCAGCAUUUACAAUAUUUCUGAUACUAGCAGCAAAUUCUGUAAUCUUGAGGAGUUGUUCAAACUGUGAGCAAGCUGUGUGGCUGCUGGGAAACGUAAGGAAAUGGGAAUUCUGCUCAUCCUGGUCGUUUCAAAGUGUUGAUGAAUAUGACUUCAGGCCAUAAUGAGAGUUGGAGUCUGUUGCUUUUGAUUGGAAUCUAAAAUAAGCUGUGUCUGGUACUAUAUCUACUGCCUUACUUUUUUAUAACUCACAAGUUUAAUAUCCAUUUAUGGACAUCCAUCUACAUAUGCUGAGAAAAUUUACUUAUAAACAAUAGAGGUAAUUUAUCAUCAUUACAAUCUCACCAGCUUUAUUUGGAAUUAAGUUUUGAAUCUGGGCUUAAACUCAUUCAGAUAAUUUCUCUGCAGAAACUAUCUUUGCCUCUGCUACUCACAGUUACCAACACUGCCUUUCAAGCAUUGAUGCAAGACAUAGAAAUAUUCCUUUUCUUUUUCUUAUUAAGUUACUUGGCACUUGACAAGCUGCUGUGACUUGGCUCUCUGGGACAGCUGGUGACACAGUCAGGUCAGGAGGGAAGUAUUCUGGAUCCACGGGGCAUUUUACAUUGACAUUGGCUCAUUGUGUAUCAGUGGCUGGGAGCUGAAUGGAGGACUGUAAAAAUUGUAGGCUCUAUAAUAGCAGAUUUAGAGUUAUUAACAUGCUGGCUAGGUAGAGCCUUUUAGGACAUUUGUUUAUCAAGGGGAAUUUGAAACCCAUCAGCUGACAAUGGGGAAAAUAUAUUUAAAAAAUUAUGAAAGACUUAAAAUCAAUUUGUUUUGCACCAACUUAACUUGAAAGCUAGAAAAGCUGUCCUCCUUUAAUUACAGAGAGCAAUUUUUCUAAGGCCUGGCCUUUCAGUGUUUACUUGAUUUCACCACAUUUUAUGGAAGAAAGCUGGGAAUUUAUUAAGCAUUUAUUAAACAGAGUGGGACAAAGGAUUUUCUCCAACAUUGGACUGAGCUCAGUAUCACAUAACAUCAGGUUUUGUGUAUCCAGUCAAACACAUUUACUAUUACAAAGCAGUCACUCAUUUAAUUGCUGAUGAAAGCAAACAGACAGCUCUCAGGUGUACCAGAGCACAUUAGUCUUUUCCUCUGUCCAUUCCCUCUUUUGUGUUUGAGCCAGACAACUUGUAUGUCUUCCCUGCCUCUCAUACCCUUUAUUUAUAUUGCAGUCCUAACACUGUUAAUGUGCUCAAUAAUUUAUAAGACAGCUGACCUCAACAUUAGGUGAGCUAUUGAACAAACAUCAGGGACUGUUACAUUCAGUUUAGGCACUGCAGUCUGAAAACCCCUCUGAGUCCCUGCACUCCAGCAAGUGCACCAAGAGCACAGAGGGAAGAUGCUCCUGCACAGCCUUGGCUCCCGUCCUUACCCAGCUGACAGAUCCUCAAAUCACAGGCUCAGGUGGGUGGAUCACUAUUUGUCCUUUUGUCUCCUCUUUCACUUCUGUGGCUAAAGGUAAAAUCUUUGCACACAAACCCUGUUUAAGUACUCUGUUACUAAGGAAACAAACUUGUCAAGCACGGACCAUGUGGGAAUAAUGGUGAUUUAUUUAGAAAAGGAAAGGUUUGUCAUUUUAAGCUCACUACUACAAAAUUGCUUUUUGAUUAUCUUCAAGCUUAUUGCAUUGUCUUGUCACAAUAAACUAUGGGAACAAGUGGAAAGGUUAAUAAUUGUGGGCUUUGUUCUUGUCAGUUACUCUGAAAAGAUCUUACAAGAGACCUGCACCCUGAGCUCAAAGGGAACAAAUCUCAACAGGGCUGGAGCAGGAUCCUGGAGUCCUUUUCUUGGGUUGUUUUUAUUAUCUAUUUAUUCCCUGUCUGCCUCCAAAGGCGGCGUGGCUGAGAUGUGCAGGUUUGCAGGCUGGUACAGGGAUGGACUCUGUGACACACUGCUAAGGGCAGGAAAGGCUGUUUACACAGCUUUUCCAGAGUGGGGGAAGAAGAAGGAUCAGAGCAGAACAGAGGAAAGUCCAGAUCUGAGAGUGCUUUGUAAGGUCUAAAUUGCAACACAUUUUCUGAGCCACGUCACUGAAGGUUCCUUGUUUGUUAGGAAACAUCAAGGUUUAUUUUAUUUAGGUCUGAUAACCAGAUAAAAACCAUUCUAAAUAACUUCAGUGUGCUUUGAGCCAGGUCUAAUGUGCUUUUUGUCAGGAAAAUUUAAUAUUAAAUUAAGAACUUUUUUUCUGGAGAGGGUGGAUCACUUUCCUGCAUGUUCACCAGGAAGUUCUGUUCCACUGUGAGCUGCCUGAUAAUCUUUACAUUGUUAAUUAUUUGAGGAAGAAUAGAGCAAGAGGUUCAAGUUGUUGUUGAGUUUAGGGGUACUUUAAGGAAUGAUUGACAUCAACAAGUCACCCGAAAGGCUUCUGUAUUUUCACAAUAAUGCAGAAAUUUAGCAUAAUGGAAAGCUGGCAGUUUAUUAGAGCAUAGUUGGUUUUAGGGUGAAGUUUUGAGGAGAAACACAAAACUGUUAGUAUAGAAUACUUUUGAAAAUGAAUAGAUUUUGGGUUUUUUAGUGUGAAAUUAUGACUCCUUUUGGUGCUUUUAUCGAAGUAAGAAUAUUUGAAAUCUAAAUGAAAUGUCUCUCAGGGCUGAGAGGGAAUUUAUUCUCUUAUGUAACUCACAUCUUGACUUUCUACUGUUAUCUGGAACACUAAAAAAUGUUGAAGUAUUUCCCAACAGAGGGAAAUUCUUUCCUACAUACUUCUUGGAGAUCUUGCCACUUUCUCUCAAUAUCAGCAGUCUUUCCUGCUUUCCAGAAAACCCUGAAGGCUGACUGGAAAAGGAAGAAAUCCCUGCUAGUAUCCAUCUACUGUCUUUUCCCAUGUGAAAUUACUUGCCUCACAUUUUGCUAGAAAAUGAAUAAUACAGUAGUAAAGGAUGCAGCAUAAAGUAUUUAUGGCAAAUUAAAACUCAUCUCCAGGACAAUUUGGAUAAUGGGGACAUGGCCACACCUGUUCAGCUCUUUAGUGGAGUGAAUGUGUGAGGAAUUAUUUAUCAGUGGAAGUUAUUUUCCUUAGCUACAAGUAUGAAUGAAGAAUAAAUUAGUCACACCGUAACAGGAGUUUUACGUGUCAGUUAUGACCAAUUUUGAGUUAUUUGCUGCAUAAUAUUCAGGUUGGGUAAUGCUUGUACUUAAUGAGUGGGUUCAUGCCCUUGGAUUGUGGAAGUCACAUGGAGGAAUUAAGUUAAAGUUGAGUGAUUGGAUGCACUGAGAUUUGGGCAGUAGUUUUUAUGCAAUGGCAAUGUCAGACACAGGCAUAUCUUUAUUUAUAAUUUGGGAAGGACUAGAAUUAUUCUAGGAUGUUCUGUAGUGUAUCAUUUGCCCUGUUCUGCAGCCAUUUUUACCUACUCUUCAGGAUACAGAUUUCUGAAGAAGAGCUUAAAGAUACAAUAAUUUUACUCAAUCUUUUGAACAUUUUUAUGUCUCUGCUCUGACACCAGACUUCAGAUUAAAGCUCCUGAGCAAUGGGCUUUUUUGCUACUUUGGAACUGGUGUUCUGAAAGCUGGGACCAGAUGAAUAGCUGAAUUUUCAGGUUUACCCCAAACAGAAGAAAGGAAAAAUGCACUAAAACCAGUUAUUGUGUUAGCCAAGUGUUUUACUUUUUUUUAAACUGAAACAUAGAUAAAUUUUUUCGUGAAACUCCACUUUGUGGAGUGAGUCUGUGUCUCCUGUUGCUUCACACUGCAGCUGAAUACCAAUAAACUUCUGAUUUAUUGACAGUUGAUCACAGUGCUAAGAGACUGUUGUGCUACCAAAGCUCUUCCAAGUGCUGCAGCCUUCAUCUCUGGCAUACACUCCCAUUGGAACACUUUUCCAAAGGCCUCUUCUCUACAAAUACAGGGACAAGAUCCAUUCUUUUCUCUCCACGACUGGCUAAAAUAAUUCUCCUGGGACUGGGAAGAGGUUUCCAGAAAUGUUCCUGUUAGAAGAAGAUUUUUUUGUCAGUGCUUCUGCUUCCCUUCUGGAAAAAAUGCCUUCUUUCCAUUUUUUCCCAUUUCCAAGGAUGUAUGUCUGACUUUUCUUCACAGUCAUGGGCAAACAACAAAAUCACUCUUUAUCAGACUUAUGGUCAGGCCUGAAUGUUUGAUUUGUUUGAACUGUGGCCAUUCAAUUCUAACCAAAGACAUGUUUGCCCCAUAUUCUAUCUACAGGUGGCUACAUCUUCCAGAGGAAAGUCCCUUGGCCACGCUCCCAGAGCCUGGGAAGAACAGCUGAGCUGCAGUAUCAGCUUCCUUUUAAGGAGAAUUUCUAAGCAAAAGGCACUGUUAGAUGAUACCAACAAAUUAUUAAGUUAUUUUUGUGGGUUUGUUUAUUCUAAAGGCCUUAGAAUAUAUUUUCAUUUGGUGUAUAGAUGUUAAACACACUGUGGUGAUCAAAUGCUAAAUCUUGUAACGUUGCUUUAAAAUGCACUGACAGAGGUGAUGAUGAGGAAUAAAGAAGAUUUCACUGUCA